GAGUUUUUCACUGGACUCUGUGUGAGUGAGGACGAAAGUCUCGAAAUUGGUAUAAUGUAAAUACUUGAAAGGAACAGGUGAAACAUUAUGCAGAAACGACAAGAAACAAGACAGAUUGCUAAAACAAGUAUUGUGCCAAGGGGAACACAUAAUCAGCCAAGACCAUCUAGUUCUGGAAGUUCAGGAGUGUUGAUGGUUGGACCCAACUUCAAAGUUGGUAGAAAAAUAGGAUGUGGUAAUUUUGGAGAAUUGAGAUUAGGAAAAAACUUGUACAACAAUGAACAUGUUGCAAUAAAACUGGAACCAAUGAAAUCCAAAGCACCUCAACUUCACUUAGAAUAUAGAUUUUACAAGUUAUUAGGAAGUCAUGAAGGAAUACCAAAUGUGUACUACUUUGGACCAUGUGGCAAAUACAAUGCCCUGGUCAUGGAGUUGCAAGGACCCAGCCUUGAAGACUUAUUUGAUCUCUGUGAGAGAAAGUUUAGUCUUAAAACUGUUUUGCUAGUUGCUGUUCAGCUUCUACAUCGAAUUGAAUAUGUUCAUUCCAAACACCUUAUCUAUAGAGAUGUGAAGCCAGAGAAUUUCCUGAUUGGAAGACAUUCAACAAAAAAACAAAAUAUCAUACAGAUUAUAGACUUUGGUUUAGCAAAAGAAUAUAUAGAUCCAGAAACCAGCAAACAUAUACCUUACAAAGAGCACAAGAGCUUAACUGGAACAGCUAGAUACAUGAGUAUCAAUACUCACUUAGGCAGAGAACAAAGUAGACGAGAUGAUCUGGAAGCACUAGGCCAUAUGUUUAUGUAUUUUCUACGAGGUAGCUUACCAUGGCAAGGGUUGAAGGCAGAAACACUUAAAGAGCGUUAUCAAAAAAUUGGUGACACCAAAAGGACAACACCUGUGGAAGUACUGUGUGAGGGUUAUCCUGAGGAAAUGUCCACAUAUCUAAGAUAUGUGAGAAGGCUGGAUUUUUUUGAAACUCCAGAUUAUGACUACCUAAGAAAGCUGUUCCAGGACCUUUUUGAUAGGAAUGGUUAUCUGGAUACAGAUUUUGAUUGGUGUGGAAAGCAACAGGCAACACCUGUGGGUUCCAUUAGUAUUGCUCAGGAAGUUGUAGUUUCACCCAACAGAGAAAGACAUAUCACUUCUAAUGCAAGAGGAGCACAACAGAAGGCUGCUUGGAAUGAGCAUCAGAGGCCAUCUGGUGGAAACUUUUUAACUGGACAUUUAACCUUUGCUGAUCGUCAUGGCUCAGUACAGGUUGUGAGUUCAACUAAUGGAGAAUUGGGUAAUGAUGAUCCAGGAACUGGAUAUUCUAACACACCCAUCACAGGACCCGUAGAGGUUGAAGUUAUUUCAGAAGCAAAGUGUUGCUGUUUUUUCAAGAAGAAGAAGAAAAAACCUGUAAGACAAAAAUAAUAUACCAUACAGUGAGAAGAUCUUGGUUGUGUAAUAUAAUUUAGACAUUGUUCAGAAAAUCCUUUAACUUUUCUAUUAUUUGGCAAGUUUUAACACUUCAUACAUCCAUCUUGAUGAAACUGUUAAUAGGACAGCACUACGUUCCUUCAACUCUUUCUUUGUAUCACAUCCUAUAAUUGUGUGUUCUCGUUUUUCUGACAAACAGUAAGCUAAACUGAUGCUAUUUUAAUAUAAAAGUUCUCUUCUACCACACAAUGUCACAUUUAAUAUUUUUAUCUUUGCAAACACUUCUUAUAUAUCUGUAGCCAUGGUCACUAGAUAUUGGAACCUUAGUCUUUCAGAACGGCCUGAGAAUCCCAGUCACAUUGUAGUUCCUCAGCUGCUCAGCAUUCUUGCUUUGAUCCCAAGUACAAAAUGUCAUGCAUCUGGAGAAGAAAUUGUUUUACUCACUGUCAUUGCCGUGUUAUAAAUGAUGUGUCUUCGAUACUCCAAACUUUUUUUCUGUUGGAUGUCAGUACAUUUUUGAACCCUCAUCAUAUUGAUAAUUUCCUUGUUGAUAAUGUGCCAUGUAUUAAAAUGUUGAAGCAGCUGGUCCUUAGACUUCAAACUUCAUAAACAAUGGUUGUAGGUAUCUAACAAGAUGCCUUUAAAGAGCCUUGAUACAUAUUUACACCAUCAUUCUUCUGACUUUGAAACACACAAUACAAAUCAGUCUGUCAGUGUUCACCAAAGUUUCUCUCUAUAUUUGUAAAAACAAUUUGGUAAAAAAAAAAAGGAAUUUUAGAAAUGCUCUUCCGAAUCAUGUUUUGCAAAUAACUCUGGAUAUUAUACAAUCAGUGAAAUAGUAAAGUUUUUGGAAACCUCUGUGCAACCAUUCCCUCCUUACUUUUUGACAGCACAGUUGAUAAUCUUUAAAUAUAUAUAUAUAUUGAUUAAUUAAAAAGAAAUUGGUGAUCAGUCAUGAAGAUUCAAUGCUUCAGAAAACUGAUUAUUUGAAGUAUUAUCUUGUCUGUUUGUAUAUUCUUCCUUUCAUGAUUUAAUUUCUUAUAUUAUUCCAUCCAGUUAUCAUGUAAGCAUGACAAGAAGGUUUAUAGAUUUUAUAUUCAGAAGAUUUUUUCUUUAUGAUAGAAGUAUGAAAUGAUAAAAAUGGUGCCCCUUGUGGUAACUAAUCAGAUUUUUCUCAAGUAGAUAAGCGUCUCCAAUUUUUUGUCACAAUGUUAUUUCUGCAGGUGUGUCAUCAUAAGAAACUCAAAGAAACUGAUAAUAAAAUGUUUCAUAUGAUGUCAAAAAACAAACAAACCAUAAAUGAAAAGGAAAAUGUAAAAUUCACUGAAAAACAACAACUGUUGUGUAUACUUCACUGUGUGCUAAGGUACUUUAAUGUUAGCGCAAUUGAAACUUUUAAAUGUUAGCCCAGGUUUUAGGCAUUUGUUUAUGCUGUGUUAAAAUAAAUUGUAGAAAAACAAUUUAUGUACUUAUUUACUAUUCACUGCUGUGUUUUUCAGUCAUUGUCACCAUAAAGUUAUAUUCAAUUCACUGCACUGUUGUUAACCUUGUAUAAUUACAUCAUAUGUUUAUUCUAAUGACUCCUCAAUAGUAAUUGUGAUAUGCAUGUGUUCAAAUGUCCUUAAUUAAGUUAAGUAGGUGAUUAUUGAGAUAUAUAUAUAUGUAUAUAUAUGUGAAAGUUAAUGUGAUAAUUUUGUGAUGUAACAUUCUUGUUAAGAUUGGUUUUUCCUGUUUUACUAUAUCAGAUAUAAUUCAUGCUUGUAUGUUGUCUUAACUAUCUGUAUAUACAAUGUCUAAGAUUUCAUUUUUUAUGUUGUUACUGUGUACAUACAUACAGAUAUAUAUAAAUUUCUAAACCAGCCCAAGUGACCAUUAAUAAAUAAGAAAGACAUGAUUUUCAACAGUUCUGUUUUAUUCAAUAGCAUUUUCACAGCAUCGGAUGACUGCUCCUGUUUCUUGAGGUAUCUUUAAAAAUCCCCAUUUUUAAAAUUUUAAGUGGUUAAAACAGUGUAACCAUGUACAAAUAUUGAAUUAAAAUACAGAGGUUUGAUUGCAAAAAUAUUAUAACCAAGCAUUAACAACAUUUUUAUCUGGUAAAUCUUUUUAUUAAAAGAAAAUUAAUCAAAUAAAACUGAAUAAUGGAAAAAAAGUGGAAUGAAAACAAGUUAGUAAUCUGGAGUUAUGUGUGUGCAUAAAACCAGUUGUCUGCUUCUAAGUGAAAUAAAAGAUAUAUAUGUACAUUACUGUUAUGAAAGUUAUGUAAUAACUUCUACCAGAACUGCUAAGAAGUCUAGUAAUAAUAAUAGCAUUAAUUAUGAGUAAUGGGCAAAUGGCAAAAAACUUGUGUGACCACUUUGCCCUAGGUCAUCAGUUGGGUACUCUUGCUGCUAGCAGUGUUUUUGGCUCUUAACCCAAGAACACUAGAUGAGACUGGGCAUGUUCAGCAAUAUAAAAAAGCACUGAAGCAGCAUUGUCUCACGUAAGGCUUCAUACAAUUUCUUUCACAUUUGGUUUGUGUAGUUUUGACUAUUUAAGAAAUUUAUAAUGUUAAUAUUAUAGAUAUUUAAAAUACAUAUUGAACUAUUUAAAUUUAAUACUGUAAAUUACUGUCAGGUACAGAAACACACAAACUUGCAUAUUAUUUAUGUGAGAAGUUCCAACUAGGUAAAAGUUAAUGAGUAAACAAGUAUUUUAUCCAUUUUCUCUAAUUUCACUCAAUUUUGCAUAGUUUUAAAAUUUUAGCCAGAAGGAAAAUAUGUAAAUGUUCAUCAUAAUUAUUUGUAAGAAUAAUAGUCUAAUGAGCAUUGAAACUGUUUAUCAUUGUCUGAUGUGUUGAAAUGUAGUCAUUAUUAUAAUGAAUAGAAAUGUAGCUAUACACUAUUGGAAAUCACUGAAGUAGCAAGUGUCAAUGAAUUUUGAAUAUGAAAUAACUUUAAUUAAUGUUUACUUGAAGUGAUACAAGGAUAAAUCUAAGAUCACUGUCUAGUUUUUCUGAAAAUGUAUCAAAUCUGAUUGACUCGUUAAUCAAAUAAGAACUUUUAUUACACAGUUUGCAUGUUUGUAUUCAUUACCUCAUGACAUACUGAUAAAGACGUGUGUUAUCGUUUUAGUUUUUAUUUGAGGUAAAGUAUGAUUUUUGUUACAUAAUAGUUACAGAUUUGUACAUAUGCUUUUACUCUUAAACACAUUAGUCCCAUGCUCGGUGCCCAGAUACUGACAAUCCUACAGACUUUUUUGUGCUUUGUUUAGCAGCCAGGUGUUUAAAGUGGCCAGAAACUACCUUAAAAGGCCCAAAAUAACUAAAGUUUAUAUAAUAAACAUGUUCACCUGAAAGUCUCAUGAACUUCACAUAUAGUAUUAAGUUAGUUGGAAAUUUAUAUAAUGCUACAUUUUAAUUCAAAUUUAUAUCUCUUACUAAUGCAUUAAAAUAUUAUGAAUUAAUAUUUGAAAUGUGAGAUAUUUUAGUAUGAAAAUUGUUUAAAAACAUCCUGUGUAUAAAAAUCACAUAUACAAGUCAAGAAUUUUCUUACUAUCUCUCAUUGUGGUGUGUAAUGUUUUUUUUAUUUUUCUUUAGAAAAGGUCAUUUAUACAGAUCAACAAUAUACAGUUUUUCUUUCUUUUUUUUUUCUUGUAUACUUUGACAUUAUCAGUUAUGCAGGAAGCAAACACUAACUCCUGAGAUUGGAAGUGUAUAGUAUGUGGAUUUCAUUAAAAGUAUUUAUUUACU